GUAACUGCGGCUGGUGGCAGCGCCAUUUUGAACGUGCAGCUACCGUGGCGGUGAUCCUAACCAGGCAGGGCAGCGCGCUAAGCGACCUGUCUUCUCUGACUUUUUCCUUCUAUAUUCCGUAUUUGUAGGUAUAUAUAGAGAUACAGCUAUAGCUCUAGAAUUAUAUCCGGCAUCUGAAUUGAACUCACUAAGAUGAUGUUAAGGGGAAACCUGAAGCAAGUACGCAUUGAGAAAAACCCGGCCCGCCUUCGAGCUCUUGAGUCUGCCGCAGGCGAGAGCGAGCCAUCGGCCGCCAUGGCCCUCGCGCUGGCUGGGGAGCCGGCUCCACCUGCCCCGGUGGCUCCGGAGGACCACCCCGAUGAAGAGAUGGGAUUCACCAUUGACAUCAAGAGCUUCCUCAAGCCGGGCGAAAAGACGUACACGCAACGCUGCCGCCUCUUCGUGGGGAACCUACCCACAGAUAUCACGGAAGAGGACUUCAAGAGGCUCUUCGAGCGCUACGGCGAGCCCAGCGAGGUCUUCAUCAAUCGGGACCGUGGCUUCGGCUUCAUCCGUUUGGAAUCCAGAACACUGGCUGAAAUUGCAAAAGCAGAGCUGGAUGGCACCAUUUUGAAGAGCAGACCUCUCCGAAUUCGUUUUGCUACACAUGGAGCAGCCCUAACUGUCAAGAACCUUUCGCCGGUUGUUUCCAAUGAGCUGCUAGAGCAAGCAUUUUCCCAGUUUGGUCCUGUAGAGAAAGCCGUUGUGGUUGUGGAUGAUCGUGGUAGAGCUACAGGAAAAGGUUUUGUAGAAUUUGCAGCAAAACCUCCUGCACGAAAGGCUCUGGAAAGAUGUGGUGAUGGGGCGUUCUUGCUAACAACGACCCCUCGUCCAGUCAUUGUGGAGCCUAUGGAGCAGUUUGAUGAUGAAGAUGGCUUGCCAGAGAAGUUAAUGCAGAAAACCCAACAAUAUCAUAAGGAAAGAGAACAGCCACCACGUUUUGCUCAACCUGGAACCUUUGAAUUUGAGUAUGCAUCUCGAUGGAAGGCUCUUGAUGAAAUGGAAAAGCAGCAGCGUGAGCAGGUUGAUAGAAACAUCAGAGAAGCCAAAGAGAAACUGGAAGCAGAAAUGGAAGCAGCUAGGCACGAACACCAAUUAAUGUUAAUGAGGCAAGAUCUCAUGAGGCGUCAAGAAGAACUCAGACGCUUGGAGGAACUCAGAAACCAAGAGUUACAAAAACGGAAGCAAAUACAACUGAGACAUGAGGAAGAGCAUCGACGCCGUGAGGAAGAAAUGAUCCGACACAGAGAACAGGAGGAACUGAGGCGACAACAAGAGGGCUUUAAGCCAAAUUAUAUGGAAAAUAGAGAACAGGAAAUGAGAAUGGGUGAUAUGGGUCCCCGUGGAGCAAUAAACAUGGGAGAUGCAUUUAGCCCAGCACCUGCUGGUAACCAAGGUCCUCCUCCAAUGAUGGGUAUGAAUAUGAACAACAGAGGAACUAUACCUGGCCCACCAAUGGGUCCUGGUCCUGCCAUGGGACCAGAAGGAGCUGCAAAUAUGGGAACUCCAAUGAUGCCAGAUAAUGGAGCAGUGCACAAUGAUAGAUUUCCUCAAGGACCAUCAUCUCAGAUGGGAUCACCUAUGGGGAGUAGAACAGGUUCUGAAACCCCUCAAGCACCAAUGAGUGGUGUAGGUCCUGUUAGUGGUGGUCCUGGUGGUUUUGGUAGAGGAAGCCAAGGGGGCAACUUUGAAGGCCCUAAUAAGCGUCGUAGAUAUUAAACAUUAUUUCAUUCCUGGCUACUAAGAGAAAAAAACCUCAGUGGUAUGCCUUUACACUUUUACUUGUUACCUGGAAGAAAUGGUUUUAUUGUUAAUGUAUGUAGACUUUAAAGUUUUUCUUUUGUAGAACUUGAGGUUUUUGUAUUUUUCUUUAUUCAUACAUAACCUUUGUAGAUUAGAAUGGUAGUGAUGAUGCUCAUCAUUGUGAAUGUUAAAAUGUGUUUGUGACUUUAGCUAAAUAUACGUAUGCCAUAGAACUGUGAAGUCUAUGUAGUUACUUAAUCUCAAUAAAGAAAUCAUUUUGGAUAAUUUACAAAUGUUAUUAGUAGUAUUCUCUCAGUUUUAUUAAACUUUGCUGUAACAGUAAUACUUUGGUUGCUUUAAUUAAUCCCAAUGAUUUAAAAAUGAAAAUGAUUUUCUGCUUUUUAGUUUUUGCAAGUAGCACUGAAGAUAGAAGCUUAGUGAAAGCUAAUGUCAGUAAGGGGUGGAUAAAAAUAGUACGUUGGGGAGGGAUGUGGGAAUGGGUUUACAUUUGUAUAAAACCAUGAUGUUCUUUCUGUGAAAUCAGAGUUGCUGUCUACAUUUCAUAUAGAUUCUGAAUAUUCACAUAUUCUGAGAAGGAAUAUUAAGGAUAUCUUUGUCCUGUGCUGAUUUUUUCAAAUAAACCUUUUGAAUCUUGGAAAAAAAAAACUGUUUGGAGGCAAAUCUCUUUUGGUUUUAAAAUUAUGUCUAUUUUUAAUCUUAUCUGCCAUUAUUUGGUGUCAGUAUCUAGAUCUUACCCUUUUAAUUUUCUUUUAAAAUAAAAAAAUACUGUUAGGUUGGACGUUAAAAGAGGAUUUGGUGUGGUUUAGAAUUGGGUAUUUCUUGAGAAUGUUUACAGAAGUAUUAAAGAUGGAUUAACUUUGUGGUGUUGUAAAUAUCUUCCUAUAGUUAGUUAAGUCCAGUAAACUUGUCUGACAGGCCAGUUGUGUUUGUUUCCAAGGAAUACAGUUCAAGUGGUGAUUUAAAAAAGAAAAAAUUAAUUUGAGAAUGGCUAAGGUCAUUGGAAUCAGAUUAGUUCCCUCUACUGUCAAAUACAUAUUUUGAAGUUUGAUUUUCAGUACUAGGAAUAAACUGAUUUUUAUUACAUUAUAAUUGUUAUUCUAAAACAAAGUCCUUGCUAUAUUUAAAUUUUUGUAUGUUAGCCAUGUUUAAUUUAAAAUUAUGUUUAAGGAAUUAUAUAUUUACAUUAAGCCAUAAAUCUGAUGCAUCAGCUAUUGAUAACAUAGUUAUUUCUCACAUUUCAGUGUGUUACUGUAUCAUGCUUUUAGCAUUUUUAUGAAAACUAUUCUGUUUUGAAAUGAACAGUAUGUAAAAAUUAAUUUGUUUUUGCAUGGUAUUUGUUUAUGCUGGAAGGCAUACUUUGUAAAAA